AUGGGGAAACAGAAGGGAGGGCGUAAAGCCUCCUCAGCAGCUGCAGCAGCAAACCGUCAUGAUGCUUCUGCUGCAGCAGCAGCAGCAGAACAGCAGCAGCAGCAGCAGCAGGAGGAACAGCAGAAAGAGCAGCAGCAGCAGCAGCAGCAGGAUGAACAGCAGAAGGAGCAGCAACAGCAGCAGCAGCAACCAGAGCAGCAGCAGCCUCAGGAUCAGCCGCAGCAGCAACCAGAGGAGCAGCAGCAGCAGCAGCCGCAGCAGCAGCAGCCGCAGCAGCAGCCCGAGCAGCAGCAGCAGCAGGAGCAGCAGCAGCAGCAGCAGCAGCAGCAGCAGCAGCAGCAGCAGGAGGAGGAUUUAUCUGGUAUUCGAUUAAAGAAAGCUUACAGUAAGAAGAAGAGAGACAGAGAAGAGAGAGAGAAGAAGAAGAAAGAAAGAGAAGAGAGAAAGAAGAAGAAGAAGAGAGACAAAGAAAAGAAAAAGAAAAAGAGAGACAAAGAAAACUAA